AAGAAGUGUCUUCAAAACUCUCCCUUCCUCACAAUUAUUACAACUACUCUAUAUGGUUGGUUACUUGUGUUAACGAUGGGAUUUGGGGUUGUCAGACAAGAAUCUAGGAGCCGGACGUGGACAAUGUAAAGACCAUGUCUCCAGAAUUUCGUAUGGCCACCAAAAUCUUUCAGCGGUGAGACCUGAGAUUCACACGUUCAAAUUAACAUCUGGGCUCUAUUUUUUUUCUCAGAGACUGGCCUUCCCAGUUUUGGAAUUCGUCUUCCUUGAUUCUGCCACAAAAUUCUAAGAAAGAAUUUUCUCCUUUCAUCAGGACAGCAACCCAUCUUUUCGGUUCGGAAACCCCAAGUUUCCUGGAAAAUUGCUAGUUCCAUUGAUGGCGCUGUAUGUGAGCAGUGCAUGUUUUUGUGGGUUCAGUCAGAAAAGGGUAGAGAGGAUCAAAGCUGUUGCUUCUGAGGGGUUUGCUACCGUAAAGACAGAGGAAGAGAAGGUGAAGUUGGGGGGUUCUGAUUUGAAAGUGACAAAGCUUGGAAUCGGAGCAUGGUCAUGGGGUGAUACAUCGUAUUGGAAUAACUUCGAAUGGGAUGAUAGGAAGAUGAAGGCAGCUAAGGGUGCUUUUGAUGCUAGCAUAGAUGUUGGUAUAACCUUGUUUGAUACUGCUGAAGUUUAUGGCUCAAGGUUCUCUUUUGGCGCUAUAAAUUCUGAAACUCUACUAGGAAGGUUCAUUAAAGAAAGAAAAGAAAAGAAUCCAGAAGUGGAGGUUGCUGUUGCAACCAAGUUUGCAGCUUUACCAUGGAGGUUUGGACGUCAGAGUGUAAUCACUGCCCUUAAGGAUUCCCUAUGUCGCCUUGGACUUUUGUCAGUGGAUCUCUAUCAACUUCAUUGGCCAGGAGUAUGGGGAAAUGAAGGGUAUAUUGAUGGUCUUGGAGAUGCAGUGGAGAUGGGCCUUGUGAAGGCUGUAGGAGUUUCUAACUACAGUGAAAAGCGUCUCCUUGAGGCUUAUGAGAAGCUUAAGAAGAGAGGUAUCCCACUGGCUUCAAACCAAGUCAAUUACAGCCUUUUAUACAGGCUUCCAGAGGAGAAUGGGGUGAAGGCUGCCUGUGAUGAACUUGGGGUUACUUUGAUUGCAUAUUCACCUAUUGCUCAAGGUGCUCUCACGGGGAAAUAUACGCCAGGCAAUCCUCCCACUGGACCUCGAGGUCGGAUUUAUACCCCCGAGUUCCUAGCAAAGCUCCAACCUCUGCUAAACAGAAUCAUGGAGAUAGGACAGAAUUACGAUAAAACUCCCACACAGGUAGUCCUCAACUGGUUAAUAUGCCAGGAGAAUGUUGUGCCCAUUCCAGGAGCCAAAAAUGCAGAGCAGGCUAAGGAGUUUUCAGGUGCACUUGGGUGGAGACUCACCGAUGAUGAGAUCAACGAGCUGCGCUCUUUGGCAUCAGAGACAAAGCCUGUUAUCGGUUUUCCUGUUGAGAACUUGUAGAAUUUUUACUCAAAGCUUUUUCAGUGUGGGCAUACAGUUCUCCAUGUCAAUGAAAAUGAAUAAAGGUAUAUACAACCACACUUUCAGACU